AGGGGCGCAGGUGUACCUCGCAUCGCCAACCCCUUCACGAUCUGGUUCAAAACAGGGUUAUGGGUGGGUAUAAAACUGCAGUUUACACAUCUGCCGUGGACAAAACAAGGACUGCUUGGUGUAGAUGACUGCACCUCGUUUAGACUGGUCAGAAGUGAAAAAGUGAGCACAUGGGUUUUGACAGAAUGAUGAUUUUGGCAUUGGUCCUGUUUUGUGGUAUUCGUCAAUAUGGAUCUCUGGGGGUGUCUCUAAAUGGCUUUGGAACUUCUGAGUGGACAGAUAAUACAGGACUCUCGCUGCCUGCCAGGGUUCGAGGGAGCUCUGUGGGGACAAAAAGAGAGCUUGAGGGGCUUAAUUUACCUGACGACCAGAAUCUUUGUUACCUUUUAAAAGAGAAAGAAGACCAACGACAGAUUAUCUGCCAGAACCGGCUAACUCGGAGUAAAUUUAAUUUCAAUCCGUUUGGGCUUCGUUUUGGAAAGCGAAACAAUGGUUACAGAUCCCAAAUCGGCAUUACAAAAACAAGACCGAUCAAACUGUCAAUUUUAUUUAAUAUCAAAGAACUGGGCGUACCCACCUGAAAAUAAUUUUCCAUCAGGUUGUCUAACAAAUGUGUCUGUCCACUUUCCUUGUAGGCUGUUGGCCUAUUCUAAAUAUAUCCAGACAAAGUAUUACAUCUUUUCCUGUGUAAGUUUUAUACCUGUUAUCUCAUUCUAAUUGUUGCACUCUAAAAUCAGAGGAAAGCAUAACGGUGAAACGAUGUGUGUUGCAGCAGUGAAAACGUUAACCAUUCAGUUUGUGUUUUUAAUGCAAGAGCCAGAAACCAUACAAUGUUGCAGUGCUUUUGUGACUAAAUAUCGUGCUGCCAA